GUCACGCUGAUCUCAUCUGGGAGGGAGUGCUUUCAAGUUAUCUUCGAAGUAUCUCACAAAACACUUUCUUAUCCUUAACAGUGAAGCAUAUUUGUGGUUCUGGUUUGGUCAGCGAGUAUGAGAAUCUGGCAGAGGAAUCUGGAGGAAUCUGGCAGAUUGAUAUAUGGUGCUAUCAAAGAGGACAAGCAACUUCAUGA